CUCUCUCUACGAAAUAAAAAGGAAAAAAAAAUGAAAAAACUCUUUCUCUCUCUAAAAAACUCUUCUGUUCUGCUCCUUUUCAUUUCCCUUGAGAGAGAGAGAGUGGCCCAGCAGAUCGAAAUCUCCUCCUUUUCUUAAACCUGACGACGAUCUAAGCUCCUUCAAUGGCGUUUCAGAAAAUAGCAAAAACCCACUUUAAUUUUUGGUCCAUAAUUGCAGACAAAUACUUUUCUUAGCCACUUCAGUCCUUUUUUUUAAUAUAUAGUGUUUGAGCGAUAAUUUUCAUGAUUUGGAGCUUCUUCUGAGCGAUUCAGUUCGUCGUGAUUUCUUCAAGAAAGGUGAUUAGAGGAUGUGGGUCUGAGGUAUGGGAACAAAAGUGCAGUGUAAAAGCUACUUACCAGGAUAUUACUCGAUGAGGGAUCUUAAUGAUGAUUCUAACAGUUUUGGCUGGCCCCUAUUCUAUGGGGAUAAACCGUUAACAAAUGGGCAGUAUUACAAUGGUUUCUUGCCAAGGGUCGCAGCUGAUGCUUAUCCAGGAUAUGAUAAGGAUGCAGUCAAGCGGACGAUGCUUGAGCACGAAGCCAUAUUCAAGAAUCAGGUGUAUGAACUUCAUCGCCUGUACAGAAUCCAAAGGGACAUGAUGGAUGAAAUUAACAGGAAAGAACUACAUAGAAAUAGGAUACAUGUUGAGACAUCAUUGUCAUCAAGCCCCUUAGCAUCUCAAAUCACUUCUGAAGAUGCUCGGAAAUGGCAUAACCACGGCUUUCCAAUGGUGAACUCUAUAUGUGCUAGACCAUCUACUUCAGGUGUUGAAGGGAUUCAUUCUCCUCUAAGUUCUAUGAAAGGGAACAGCAUGCAAACUGGUCCUUAUCCUUCGCAAAAUGGAUGUAGUUCAAAGGAUGUUGAGGUGUUGGAAUCAAGGCCCACUAAGGUCAGAAGAAAAAUGUUUGACCUUCAACUUCCAGCUGAUGAGUACAUAGAUACUGAAGAAGGGGAACAGUCAAGUGGUAAUAAGGUAUCUGCCAUUUCUUGUUCUUAUGCUAACAGAGGUUGCAAAAUUGCACCUGAGAGUGGUGUUAAGUUCUUUCUUGAUGAUGGUGGGAAGACUGGUUGCAAAGGAGAUGCUAUGAAAUCUAAUGCAUGUUUGGGAAGCCUAAAUUGUUUGGCUGAUCUGAAUGAGCCUAUUCAACUGGAAGAAGUCAAUGAAAUAAAUGCUUCUUCGUAUGACUUUUGUAAUGGGAAGAUUCAAGACGCUGCUCGGUCUGUUAAGCCAAACACACAACUUCUGGGUUUUCCAAAGGAGAUAUCACUCAAUUCCUAUGGUGGCGAAAGUGGCACUCAAAACAACUUACAUAUACAGAAAAAUGGAAUUGGAAGCGGGUGGUUUUCACAUGUGCUUGAAGCAGGGCAAAGGAGAACCAAUGUGAACACCGUUCCCCAAUGUCGCCAAACAGAAAACUUGGCACUACCAUCACAACCAAUACAGGUUUCUCUGAACAAAGUUCAGGAACCAAACUUUUGCCUGUCUGAUAAAAGCAAGGUGGAGUUAUGGAAAGAAAAGACAGCUUGUGGAGUGGAGAUUUCUGAAAGAAGUCCUGAUUUUACCAAUAAUAAGCAGCUUGGUUCCUUUGUGAAUUCUCAUGUACCUAAUCCGUAUCAAGUUGCUUCUCCUGAUUUGCCAAAGUCCUGGUCUCACUCUUGGGAAAAGCCUACCAGCAGCUUUGACCAGAAGUCAAUAUCAGUUCAAACAUAUGCAGGUUUGAACUCUAAAAGUUCCCAAGCGUCAAUUCAUAGUGAUGGGAUUUUUGGAGAUAGGUGGUAUCCUAAUAGCAAUGCUAGAGCUAACCCGGCUUUUGGGGGUGAAUUGCCGUAUAGAAAUGGGUUUUACCAAGGGUCCUCAUCAGGGUCUAAAGAACUACCAGUUCGAAUUCCUUCAAUCAGUGGUGAUUAUCUGAACUGCAGCAAUGAAAAUAAUAUAGCUCCUGGACACUUAACCAGUGGUGGUUUAGCAAAGUACUACAAGGGUUCAAAUUGCAUAGAUGCAAAGUCUGCAAAAGAUAUGAACUUGAAUGUGGCGAUUUCGGACUUUUCUUCUAGUCAGGAGACUGCCAUACGUGGCAUUGACAUUGUAGGGGCAGAACUCAAGCGUGAGGACCAUCUUUCUGUGUUGCCAUGGCUUAGACCUAAACCUCCUUGUAAGAAUGAGACUGCGGAAUUUGGGGGUCUCUCGAAAACUGGUGAGAUAAGUUUCCAAUCUUCUCCAAGUCAAUCAUCCAGCAAAAAUGACUCUUCAAAGGAUUGUAAUCAACUUUUUGCUCAGAAUGUAAAGUCCUUUUCAAGUGCUAAUGAUGUUCAGGCCAGGAAAACUGAAUCGAGUGACAUCCCAAGUAAUAAAAAACUUCUUGGUUUUGCUAUUUUUGAGAAGACUCGUAUCUCCAAGAAUGAAUCAUCUCUUCCACAACCGUCAGAAAGUAAAGUGGUAAAUAAAUGUAACAGAGUUCUGGAUAUCAAUUUACCUUGUGAUCCCGCAGCCCCUGACUUGGUCCAACAGAAUGAAGCAGAAAUUAUGGUCGUAGAGAAAGGGACAGAGUCAAAGUCUGCUGGUUUCAGACAUCACAUUGAUUUAAACUCAUGUUUAAGUGACGAUGAAGAAGAAUCUUUGAAACUUCCGGCUCCAAUAGCCAGAUUGAGAAUAACAGCAGAAAUAGAUUUAGAAGCACCCGCUGUUCCUGAGACUGAGGAUGAUGUCAUACUUGGAGAAGCAUCUGCACUGGAGCAGAUUGAAGCCCAUGUAAAAUCAUUGGAGCGUAAUGUCGAAGUCCUGCAAGAUGAAUUUAUGAUGGUGGCAGCAGAGGCGAUAGUUGCCAUCUCAUCAUCUAGUUGCCAUAAUCAUGUGCAUGAAUCCUGCCAUUCGUCAGAAACUCCAUCAAAAGAAUCCUCUCUGGAAGAUCCACUUGCAUGGUUUGUGGAGAUAGUUUCUUCAUGCAGAGAUGAUCUCGAGGGACAGUUUUGCACUGCUUUAAGGUACAAAGAUGGUGAGGACGAUGAGGACUCCUCUGAAGGGUUUGAUUACUUUGAAUCAAUGAUUUUGCAGUUGGCAGAGAGCAAGGAAGAAGAUUACAUGCCAAAGCCUUUGGUUCCGGAAAACAUUAAAUUGGAGGAAACAGGGACCACAUUGUUAUCCAGUCGGCCGAGGAAGGGCCAGGCAAGGAGAGGGAGGCAACGAAGGGACUUCCAAAGAGACAUCCUUCCGGGCCUGGCUUCCCUGUCGCGGCAUGAGGUAACCGAGGAUCUUCAGACAUUCGGAGGGUUGAUGCGGGCAACGGGCCACUCAUGGCAUUCGGGAGUGACGAGGAGGAAUUCCACUAGAAAUGGGAGUGGGAGGGGGAGACGGCGGGUUGUGGUCAGUCCUCCCUCUCCCCCCGCUGCAACACCCCCGCUUUGCACGCCGCUGAUCCAGCAGCUCAAUAACAUUGAAAUGGGACUGGAGGAUAGGAGCCUAACGGGGUGGGGAAAAACCACCCGAAGGCCCCGCAGGCAAAGAUGCCCGGCAGGUAAUCCUCCAUCCAUCCCUUUAACCUAAUUAAGGGAAGAGUCUUUGAUUUGUCAACAGGAGUUUAUAGAGGGAUUAUAGGGAGUGAUUUCUGUGGCUUUGGGAAUUAAGGCUGUUGUGAGCCAUGGGAAAUUUUUUCCCUUUGUAUAUUUCUUAAGCCCAAAAUCUGGGUUUGGCUUGAUUUUCUGUAUUGGGGUGGUUACAAUCUUUGUAUUAUUCACAAAUAAUAUGUUGCAUGAUUUAUUCCGAGAUAGAGAUAAGCUUUUCCUUGAA